AUGUACAGCUUCGUGGGGGGAGGCUUGUUCUGUGCCUUGGUGGGGAACAUUCUCCUGGUGGUGUCCACUGUGACUGACUACUGGAUGCAGCACUGGCUGGCCGGCAGCUUCACUCACCAGGGGCUCUGGCGGCGCUGCUUCUCCGGGAAAUGCUACAUGCAGAUAGAGAGCACUGUCCUCUUCCCUGUGGCCUACUGGAACGCGACGCGGGCCUUCAUGAUCGUGGCUGCCCUCUCGUGCUUCGCGGGCAUCCUCACUGGCAUCCUCUCCUUCGCCCAGCUGGCCACGUUCCAGCGCCUCAGCAGGUCCUUUGCUGCUGGCGUCCUCUUUUUCAUUUCCACAAUAUUCAUCCUUCUAGCCAUGGGAAUUUACACUGGGAUCACUGUCAACAUCCUUGGCAAACGCUUUGGUGAAUGGCGCUUCUCUUGGUCCUACAUCUUGGGCUGGGUCGCUCUCCUGAUGACCUUCUUUGCAGGCAUUUUUUACAUGUGCGCUUAUCGGAUUCAUGAGUGCCAGCGAAGGGCCGGGGCCUGCUAA